UUUGAGGACCCUGCCGAGUCAGAGCCGGCCUCUUUCAGGGCCUUGGACUUUUACAGCCCACCGCAGGAGGACACGGCAGCAGCUGCACUGGACGCCACCCGAGGGCCUGGCGCCAUGUUGUCCGCACAUCAGCAGGCUUGGCCCGCACCCAGUGUCCUGGUCGGGACGCCCUGCGACUUGUGGGAGAUCCCUGGGCAGGCGUUGGCUGUGACACCACCCACGGGGCCGGCUGCGGCG